CGUAACCCUUAAUUUUAAUAUUUUUAGUCUGAGUUCAAUGGAGUUAACAUAGUGCUAAAUUCAGUUUACAUCCUCAGCUUCAAGAUGAGUGAAUUUAAACUUCAGAAGUUAGUCAGAGAAUUGAUCGAUGUUUGCGAGGCUCCUGCCUCUCCUGAACAUUUCAUUGAAAAACUCACAGCACUCGAUGCAGACUUUGCGAACAGACCCACUUCUGUAGACAAGUGCUUUAAUGAACUGAAGGAUUCUGCUCCGGAAACUUCAAGGGACCAGUUCUCUAGCAAAUACAGCGAUCUGCAAGAAAAGAAAUUAGAUGUCUUACCAAAAUACAUAGAGCUCUUACAUCACAUCAAGCAAGACAAAAAAUUAUCAGCAGUUUUAGCACGGCGAGCCCUAAACCAAUCUCGGAAGAAAGCAUCUAAUACUAUUUCAACAGGAGUUCCUGAACCCUCAACUAUUGAUGAGGCUUUGAAGAUACAAAGUAAAUUGGUAAAAGUUGUUGAUAAAAUAACUACCAAAAUCCAUUCUAAGGAGGGAGAAGCUACUGAAAAUCUUGCAAAUGUAUCCAGAAGGCGCCCGUUUCUGUCCCAAGAUUUCAUUUACAACUCAGAUGCUCUGUAUCCUCCUCUUCCAUUAGAUGGAGUGCCACAAUCCACACAAGAUUAUUAUUUAGUUGAUGACGUGUUAUCCCUCAUGUUGGGGUGCAAUGGAAAAUAUAUUACUGUUGAGCCACCUUCGGUGCCUUAUGAGCUGCCUACUUUCUCAUUUCCACCCAACACAGAUGUUCUUCUAAAAAACCUCCUCGUUCAGAUUUUACCAGUGGCAGCACAUUACUCUGUCAUCGCACAUUUUUUACUAGAAAAACAGGCGCUGAACUCAGGACGCAUUAAUCAGGCCCUUGCUGCAGCAAUAACUUCACUUAUGUCUGAUUAUAAAAUUUUCGUCAUUCAAAUGGAAAACCUGCACAGGCAGCAUGACUUAAAGUUGGAAAAGUUGUGGUGCUAUGCAUAUCCAGUUACACACUCGGUCAUGAUUUUGUCAAAAAUUGCCCAAUCUAUAGGGAAGUCAAAGGCCUUCGGGGGUCGAACAUUGAGCAUUCUGUAUCAAGAAUCUAUUCAAACCGCUGCGGACCUCAAAGCAUCUCAAACUUGUCAAUACCUGUUGAAGAGUGCCUCUGUUCCAUUCUUUGAGUCUCUCGAUAAGUGGAUCAAUAAAGGUCGUGUUUUCGACCCAUUCAAUGAGUUCAUGAUAGAAGAUAAUGUUGUGAUUGAAAGUUCAUCAUUCCUUGUCAAAGGAGAGUGCAGUGAUGAGUAUUGGGCCAAGCGCUACAUGAUUCGGAAAAUGUAUGUCCCUGGAUUUCUUGAGAAAGUUGGCGAGAAGAUUCUUCGCUCAGGGAAGUAUCUAAAUGUUAUAAGGCUGUGCAAGAACAAGAAGAUCAAAGAAAUGUUCCCACCGCCAAUGGAAAACUUGAGUUACGAUCCUGUGAAUAAAAGUUAUCUAGAUGCCAUCGACAGAGCCUAUGAAUUUUCUAGCAGUGCCCUGCUAAAACUGAUCAUGGAGGAGUAUGAUCUUGUCAACAGAUUCAGAACAAUGAAGCGGUAUUUCAUGCUUGAACAAGGAGAUUUCUUGAUGCUUUUAAUGGAGUCCUGCGAAGCGGAGUUACAGAAGUUAAUCGAUGAUGUUGUCCCCAACCGAUUAGAAGUUCUUCUAGAUUUGGCAAUUCGAAUGUGUUCUAGUGGCAAAAUCGAUCCGUAUAAGGAUGACAUCUGUAUGGUGCUACAUCCUUGCCAGUUUUAUUUCCACAUGUCAAAAAUACUUAACAUCAGCACUCCAAAAGAAAUGGAAUUCCGGUACCUAAAGGAGGAGGAGAAAUGUCAAACUGGGCUAGAAGCAUUCUCACUCGGACUAAGUGUCAAAUGGCCAAUGUCAUUAGUUUUCAACCAAAGGGUUUUGGCUUUUUAUCAGAUGAUUUUUAGGUUACUACUCAUUUGCAAACAUUGUGAACGGCAGCUGUGCAGGGUAUGGCUUUGUGAUAAAAACAUAAAGCAGUUGGAUGUGGAAGGACGUCAAGGCUAUCAAAAAGCAUUUUCACUGCGUCAAAGAAUGUUAUUCUGCAUUCAGAACUUCGCAUUUUACAUCACUGAAGAAAUUAUUGAACCAAACUUCAACUUGUUCAUGAUGGAACUGAAAAAGGCAAAAGAUAUUGAUCAUGUCUUGGAGUUACAUUCGCAGUACCUUGAAAAGUCUGUGAGUGAUUGUAUGCUCACAAACGUUGCUCUUUUAGAAAAUUUAAAGCUUAUGAUGUCAAAAUGUGAAGAAUUCUGUGAUUUUAUGCUGGAGCAACAUUAUUCAGUUGACACUUUGACUCCAGAGACCUUGGAGACUUUCGACGAAACUGUUGAAAAUAUUGAUUUUUCUUUUACUGAAAUUCUUCUCAACUUUUUCAAUUUAAUUGAUAGAUCUAGCAAAGAAAAGCAGUUCUCAAAAAUUUCUGGAAUAGUUUCAAGGUGGAUGGAAGGUAUCAGUAAUACCAACAAGAGCACAGCUUCAACAUAUUCAGUCAGUCGAACAGAAAGUGUGAUCAGUAGUAGUUUUCCCUCACUUAUUUAAAAAGGUAACCUGUUUACUGGAAAUUUGUAUUCCAAGAAUGCCCUAAAGGUGAAUAAUUCUCGUUUUGCUCUCUCAUUUUUAAAGAAGUAUAAGGACAACUUAUCUCUAGUUUCAGAAUGUAUUUAUUGUAGUUGAAGUACAAGAAGACUGAGUUCAGUAGAGAGAAUUUGCGUUCAGAAUUUGCGAGAAUUUGCGUGUUGAGUUCAGUGGAAUUUGCCCACAUUGAAAGUUGAAACCGAAAAAAAGAGGUUUUCAGUUUUAUUCUCCCUAACUCAAAAUACCUCGUUUAGAUUCAGUUGAAACAAUUAAUUUUAACCUAUCUCCACAAACUAAAUAUUUUUAAUCAACUUUGAAUUUUCAAGCAGAGGCAAUGUACACUUAUAACUGAAGUCGAAACUGUUCUCAACCAACUUUUCUCUAAAAUGUGGGUUGUUUCUUAUCUCCUCAUUUCAGUCUUUAUGUCAAAUUGCAAAAUGAUCAUUCUUUACAAAUGGUAAGUUACCAAUUUUUUUUGUACAACCAGUGAUGCUUUUACUGUCGUAGUUUUUAAUCAUAGCUUUGGACUAAGUUUAUUGACAAGUUGUUUUGCAAAGAAUUGAAAUCAGGCACAGACAGUCUAGAACAUUUUUAAUCAGCGCACUUUUUUAUUUUUUAAAAGCAAAGUUUAGGAAUUUUUCCAGAGUUGAAAAGUAAUUGAUAAAAAAGAGAUAGAGAAAAAAAAGAUAGAAUGGAUUUUAUAGUUCUCAGUUUUACUCUAGACACUUGGAGGAAGUGAGUUUUCCAGACUUUUCAUGUACAGCUACCUUAGAAAGGCGAAUUACGUCUUCUGACUCUACAGGGAGGUAUUCUAUGACCCAUGAACAUUUUGUCAGGAAUAGAAGUUAUUUCUUGAGAGAUCUUUUUGCAUAGAAAACUGCUCUUCAAUGUUUUGGACAAAAUUUCAGCAUAAAAGUUUCAGUCUGAAAAUACAUGUAUCUAUAGAGAAUUUAGUCCUCGGUUAAUCACAACCUCAACUUUAUUUUCUACUAAUUUUAUUGAAAUUCCUAAAUAGGUAAUGUCAUGUGACAGUCUUAUUUCAUUCUAGUCUACUUACCUCAAAUUUAUUGUGUAGACAAAGCAUGUUUCAAAUGUUAAACUUUUCCUGAAGAGGCAAAGAGUAUUAUGCACCUUAUUACAAAGUAGCAGAAUUGAAGAUUCUUAUUACUUUUCAUCCUUUCCUUUUGAUGCUUAUAGUGUUAGCCGUUUUUUUUGGCUACCAACUAAGGACAGAAUUCUUUACUGAUAGCAAUAAUACUUGUCCUCACAUGUUUGUGUGCAUGAAUGUUAAUGAGCGUUCAUGUAAACUUUUGAAAAUUUCAGAGUUUUUUUUUUAUUCUGAACCUUUUAAUGGGAAAAAUAAUUAUAAAUAUGCUAAAAGUAUUUGUGAACUGGAGGAGCUUUGUUUGUUAAAAGUAAGUAAUUACCAAGUAUGUUCGAAGUAAUUUUAAUCAAUAACCUAUUAAUAGUACUCACCAUAGUACGUACUAUUGAAGGUACCAAUGAAGUGAUUGCUGAGCAUCCGAACUUAUAUAAAUAUUCUUUUUACAUGAAUACUACCUUUUAUCGAAAAUGGUUUUUAUUAUUGCAUGAAACCUCUCUAAAAGCUUUUCAAUUGCAGGCAAACGUUCCUACAAGUAAAUACUUACCUAUUCAAAUGAAUGUCUCUAAAAAUCUUUCUCAAUUUCAACCCACUUUUUAUUUAUUUCAAUUAAGUGUGCCAAACAAUCCUAUUGUUCUAGGGAUAAAAAAACUGAUUAAAAGUAAUUUUAUACAAA